GCAUCGACGUCGUCCUGUGUGCGAGAUCUUGUGUGAAAUUGCGACAGCAGCAAACCAAGCUGCGCUGUAACAUCCGGAUAAAUAGCAUUCGGCAAAUGCCGCCAAAAAAGCACAAGGAAGGGGCACGGGUGAUAUCUCUGCGUGCGUCGCGCCAACGACACGAGCCAUCGAUAAGGACUUCGCAGCUAGCCCGAGCUGCUGCUGCUGUGCUUAAGUAGGGCGCCGCGUUGCUCCUUGUCCUUGUCUCUCGAGCUGGCAUUUUACGUCAGGACGAUACUUGGAGCCGCCGGCCUUUCCUGUUCCAUCUCUGACUCUGACUCAAGGCGGCCCUAUCACGUUGAACGACCGAGGCUCUCGUGCGGAAGGAAUCGAAGCUGAGACCCUUGCUGCUAUCCGGACUCGCAAAGACAAGCCGCGAAACGAGUUGACUGCUUGGCCUUUCCCCGUAGAAGCGACGCGCGUCCAGAGCAUGGGAGCACCAUCGUUAGCUGCAAUCGUUGGGGUUGCGCCGAUCAUUAGGAUCAUUCCCACAGUGAAAUGUGACUUACACUAUCGUACGAAAUCAACGAAAUUGGGUUUUCGCCGAGGUUGCCCACAACGUAGAACGCCGUAGUCGCUCUAUUUCAAUAUAAUCUUGACGGAAGACGAUGCUAAAGCGAUAUUAGGACUGCUGAGCUACCGGUAACCGUUUGGCUUGUGCAAGUGAGCCCACCACGGUCUCUCUCUGUCAGAUCUGAGAUUCGUUCGUGGCGCCUACAGUACUCGUGUCGCACGGGUACGCACGUCGGAUCCACUGCGACGCGGGCAACGCACGUCCAUACGACAGCCUCCAUGCGGGCGAGGUGGUGCUGCUGCGUCUGCGCUGUGGCGCUCCUGCUUGACAAGCAUCAUCCAGUUGAACUUUCAAUGGCUUAUUUUCGGCAUUGCUCGAAAAUUGGCGUGGGCGAAUGGACUUGGUCGAGGUCGAGUACACGGUCGAGUUCCGCAGCAAGAGCUUUGGGCUGCGGCUCAUGGCCGCGACCGAGAACGGGUCUGGCGCCGUCCUUGUGGGCUUCACGACGGAGCCCCGCCCGAGCAUGCGCGACCUCCCGCCGUUCCGCUACCAGUUGCACUCGCUCGGCGCCAUUGCGCUCACGGCGAUGCCCUUCAGGACGAUUGUGACCACGCUCGCCAAGCAUGACACGUACCCCGUCAUGAUCCGGUUCAUCUCGUGCCCCAUGGCGUGCGAGCUCGCGUUCCCGACCAAGCACAAGAAACUCAACCUGAUCGUCGAGGAAUCGGGUGAUCGGCUGCGUAUCACCGAGUACUCGAGGCCGUUCCGGACACAGAGCCCGAUCCCAAGCAUCGCCCUCGGAAGCCACUACAUUGCAGCCAUCAAUGGCACCGCCGCUUCGACGUCACAGGAGGCCACUGCGCUCCUACGCACCAAGACGUCGUUUCCAGCCAUUGUGCACGUGUCGAUCGAGCAAGACGAAGAAAGCGCUGCGAUCCAAGCCAGGCUCUUGAGCGGCCGCGCCACGCGGCAGUCCUCGAGCAGCCCGCCACCAGCCAAGCGGUUGCGGCCCUCGGUGGCAGCACCACCGACGCUGCCAUCGACGUCGAUCGACAACCCAAUUGUGCUUUCCGACUCGUCAGACGCCGCAGAGGCCACGCCCUCGGCCCCGGUCUCGAGCCUCUUGACGCGCGGCCAGGCCGUGCGCUCGCUCUUUGGCGUCGGGAUCAUUCACCAUGUUGCCUACAACGCGGCAGCACCGAGCGCGAGCAUCGUUACGGUGCACUUGCCCCAUGGCGGCCUCGGCUAUUUCAACCGGGAAAGCUUGCACUGCGUCGACGAGGUGCCGUGUGCGACGUACAUCAAGCGGCGCGCCAAGGGCCAAGUCGUCUUGACGUACGGCGACGUGGGGCGGCUCGCUGACGGGCGGCUCUUCAACGACUCGAUCUUGGACUUUUACCUAAGCUAUCUGUACGAUGCGCUGCCGCUGACGCACGCCACGUACAUCUGCAGCUCGUUCCUCUUUGGCACGUUCCAGCAAGCGCGCAAGACCGGGCUCGACGCCGCGCACGCGGCCGUGACGCGCUGGACCAAGGCCGUCGACCUCUUCCAGACCAAGUACCUGGUCGUGCCCAUCAACGAGACCGGUCACUGGAGCGUCGCCAUUGUGUGCAAUUUGAGCCGGUUUGUCCAAGCUACUGUGUGCAACUGCAGUCUCUUUCGCCCCGAAGUGGUGUGUUCGCCGACGAUCUGCACCAUGUGCCACCGUCCGCGCGACAUGCAGCAAGAGCGGAACGACAAUGUGUGCAUCGUCAUGCUGGACUCGCUCAAGUGCCAUCGGACAGCGCGCAUCACAAAGUUUCUUCGCGAGUAUCUGCAGCUCGAGUGGGACACGACCCAUCGCGAUGUGCAUGGACCGCUGACCUUCAACCAGAAAGUGCUGCCGGCCGUCGUUCCGCCCUGGAUUCCGCGCCAGACCAACAACUGCGACUGCGGCGUGUUUGUGCUGCAGUACGUGGAGCUUUUCUUACGGCGCCCGCCGCGCCUCAAUGCCGAGUUUCUUUUGGCCAAGCGCACGAAAGCCGCGGCCGCCAGCCUUUCGCUCGUCAGCAACGAGACGGUGCUCGACGCCACUUGGUUUGACGACGCCGCGAUCCCCGCCAAGCGACGGCAACUCGAACGCCUCGUGCACGAUCCACGCGUCGUGCAGCUGCAUGCGACUCCGUUAGUGGUCGACAGGCGCUCGGCGUUUCCUGUGCCACCAACGACAUUGGCUCAUGACUCGGCCGAUGGUGUCGCAACCGCUUCCUCGAUCGUGGAGGAAGAGAAGUCGAUGACGCUGCGUGGCGCGUCCUCGAAGGAUAACGACGCGAUGCUGGACGUACCUGAAACCCACGGGCUCCAGGACGACACGCUCCAGGACGUCGUGAACGGCGCGCGUCUUCUCGUUGUCCACGAAAAGCCGGUCGAGAUGAGCCUCGAACCCAGUACCGUACCAGCAGCAGCCACCGCCAAUCGAGCAGUAUCAAGUGUUGGGGCGCUUGGUGCAUCGUAAGCAAAUACAAAGCGUCAUGUUGCGUAAGGGA